AUGAGCCACCCCCAGCGCACCACCACCACUGCCACUGCUACUGCCACCUCCGCCGACCCCCUUACAAAUCCCUCAACGGCGUCGACAUCCGAUGGUGCUUCAAACAAAGCUUUACGGAUUCUGUUUGGCGUAUUAAGACUCUAUGAGGAUUUCAAAUCCGCAAAGGUCUUAGUUGUCGGAAAGGCGUGCACUUGGCACCAUCUCAAAGACAGGUCACUAAAAAAAAUCGAAAUACUCGUCAACACAGAUGUUCCGCCAGUUACGCUCCGGGGUUACCUCAUAUUCGACCGAUCCGGAUACUUUUCAAUUUCGAGUUCUGGCGGCUGCUCUUUCAAUAUGAAACUGGGACGUUCCACUCUCAUCCCUUGCACCUUGGACACUGUAACUUCACGGCAGCUGUCGCCCACGGCUAGGGACCUCGAACUUCGAAUUUACCGCCAGGCAUUCGGGAGAGUUCACGAGCUGCAAUAUGUUCCGCAAGAGGAGUUUCCCUUUGUUGACCUCCCCUCCGUCAUUUUGAUGGAGGUCUUGUUGCCUUCAGAGCCUAAAACAAUCAUCGACUCCCCCCGGGUGUGGAAGUUAGCCCAAAGGCUUGAUCCACAGUUUAGGUGGGAGGAUUGGCAGAGGAACGCUCUGGAGGCGAGGCUGACAAGGCUCAUAGAUCUGGCGAAAAAGGAUGAGAAGAGGACGCGUGAAGAGUGGCGUGCGGUCCUCCAUCUCCAAAUUGAUGAGCUGGCAGACGGGGUGGAAGAUGAGUCCACGGACGGAGAGGAUGAGCUGGCAGACGGGGUGGAAGAUGAGUCCACGGACGGAGAGGAUGAGCUGGCAGACGGGGUGGAAGAUGAGUCCUUGGACGGAGAGGAUGAGCUGGCAGACGGGGUGGAAGAUGAGUCCAUGGACGGAGAGGAUGAGCUGGCAGACGGGGUGGAAGAUGAGCCCCUUGAGAACAAUCCCAAUUCUUUGUCUCCCAAUCUCCCUUUUUCCUAUGUCAUGCCCUGGCGUUCUUGGUGUGUUGGCUUUGGUGUAAUGGCGUUCAUCAUUGUUCUCUAUUUUCUUUUCCUUCGGAAAACCCAGGCUCCUGAGAAAAGGCACAAUACAUGGACGGAAUGGGUGUUCAUUAUUAUGUUAAGCUAUUUGUCAUGA